GCUUGCUCCUAAAGCUCUCUUUAUCCUGUCAUCGCUAUUUCAACCACUUGAUUAUCGCUAUCGCUGUAAAAGCUCAGUAUCACACUAUCCAGUUGCCCAAUCAAUCACAGUAUCACAGAAACUCCAUAACGCGUCUCAAUAUGCCACGUAAAAAGCCGGCUAGAAUAUGGACACAGGCCGAGAAAAAUUAUCUUCAGCAUCUGCUUCAACACAGGCAGAAUCAAGGGAGAUUUUGGAGAGACAGUAGAACCAGUAGAAAGUUUCUCGCCAAGAAGAUGAAUGAGAGAUUCCUGCCUAGAGACCAGCCAGACGCUCGAAUGUUCUUUGUAAGACAUAUGGAGGAAUAUCUGAGAGAAUGGGUAGAAACCCAUCCGGAUCCCAGACAAGUUGAAGAGCCACCAGAGAGUGAAACGGAUUCAGAGGAAGAAGGGGAGGAUGAUGGGAAUGGCGAUGAUGAUGACGAUGACAGCGGAGACGAAGAUGAAAGCAGAGAAGUAUUGACAGGAGGAGUGCCAGAGAAGCAAGGAGAAGAUGGAGAGGAUAGCCAAGGCGUACAAGAUGCAGGAACUCAAAACGACGAGGGAGAUGGUAUUGAUGCGGAUGAGGAGCGGGGGAGACGACGCGAGAGAAGAGCAGGAGGCAAAAGCGGUGCAGCGGAAGCCCGAAAGGCGAACAAGAAAUUACCAAAAAGAGAGCAAUAGUUGAUGACAUGAAAACUUUUCAGGCGUCAGCUGUUGUGAUAGUGGGAGAAUGAAAUUAGGAUAAAAUUAUUGGUAGCAUUUAGAUGGACGUCAAAUGAUACCAUUGAUGAGAUAUUAAUACUAGUGCUCGUGAAUUUGUUGACGAGUUGGCGGUCGCUAAACCUCAAAUAUCUUUCGGUAUCGAAUGGAGCA